AGAAAAAACAAGAAGGUGCAACGCGCCGUUUUGACGAAAAGGGUUUCCCCACCUUACUUCUCCCACCAGCCCGACACACACAGAGCACACUCUCUCUCUUCUCUGUGAGUUUUUCGCCGCCCCCCUCCACGCCUGCCGCGCCGACGCCGCCUCUCCUAACCGGCUGCCCCACCUUGACGCCGCCGCCUAAGCGCAAGGUAUUCCUUCACCUUCGCUCGGUCUCCAUUUCAGUAAGCUCUCUCUCUCUCUCUCUCUCUCUCUCUCUCUCUCUCUCCCACAAACUCGGAUUUGCCUUUGCUUUUCCACUGUCACAGAACACCUCUAACAUCCCUCGUGGUGCCACCUAACACUGCCGACCAUCGCACUAAACUCGCUCCAAUUUCUGCCACCAGAGUCCCAGAGCCAGCUGGAAACCAGUUUCUCUGCAUCUCACCACCCACUCUAGCCACAGUCUCCUACUCCACAAGGAAAGAUGAACAAGGACAAGAUAUUCAAGCUGGCAAAGGGGUUCCGGGGCAGGGCCAAGAAUUGCAUAAGGAUAGCCAGAGAGAGAGUAGAGAAGGCCUUGCAGUACUCCUACAGAGACCGUCGCAACAAGAAGCGCGACAUGCGCUCCCUUUGGAUCCAACGCAUCAAUGCCGGCACCCGCCAACAUGGGGUUAGCUACGGUAAUUUCAUGCAUGGUCUGUUGAAGGAGAACAUCCAACUGAACAGAAAAGUAUUGUCAGAACUUUCUAUGCACGAACCAUACAGUUUCAAGGCCCUGGUAGACAUCUCUAGCAAUGCAUUUCCGGGAAACAAGAAUGUGGUGUUUCCUCCCAAGAAGGAGGGCAUUUCGAUUGUUGUGUAACUGGUAAUUCCGAACACUGAUCCUUCUCAUGGCCUUUUAAAAAAGCUGAACGGUUGAAGUCGGUGACAUUUUCGGCUUCUGGAGCUUCUUGUAAUAUUAUAUUACAUUUUUCAAAAUUCUUUUGGUUCUUUCUGUCCUCCUUUCUCCUAUCUUCAUGUAACAUUCGCGCCAUGUGUUUGGAAGAGCUCCAGAUACAAGUAGCACUUAAAAAAUUUUGAGAAAUAUUAGCUUGACUGUCUAAUCAAAAGUUGUCUCAUGUACCUACAAA